AUGGCAGUCCCCCACCAACAACAACACCAAUUCCCCCUACCGCAAAUCCUAACCCACCCCUCCUCCUCGCCCGCCCUCCUCAUAACCCAAGGCGCCGAAGGCCGCCUCUACAAAACCACCCACCUCUUCCCCGACCGCCCCUGCGCCCUCAAAUACCGGCCCUCGAAACCCUACCGUCAUCCCAUUCUCGAUGCCCGUCUAACAAAAGCCCGCAUCGCCGCCGAAGCAAAGGUCCUUGAGCGCUGCUGGAGAGAGGGUGUCCCUGUGCCGGCGGUGUAUGCCAUGGAUGCGGCGAAUGGCUGGCUGAUGAUGGAGUGGAUUGAGGGGGUACCGGUUAGGCAAGCGAUUAAUGAAUAUUUGGGGAGCGGGGAGAGUCAAGAGGGGCAGGAAGAAGCGGAAGAGUUGGGCGAUUUGAUGAGGAGGAUUGGACGGGUUGUUGGGGCGCUGCAUAAAACGGGAGUUGUGCAUGGGGAUUUGACAACUAGUAAUAUGAUGCUGAGGAGACAAGAGGGGGAACAGAAGGGAGUCUUGGGGGGGGAGGUAGUGCUGAUUGACUUUGGGUUGGCGAUGCAGAGCAUGUCGGAUGAAGAUCGGGCUGUGGAUCUGUAUGUGCUUGAGAGAGCGUUCGCAAGCACGCAUCCUAGGGCGGAGAAGUUGUUCGGGAUGAUUCUGGAAGAGUAUGGAAAGUCGUUCAAGAAGGCGACUUCAGUAUUGACGAAGUUGGAGGAUGUGAGGAUGAGGGGGAGGAAGAGGAGCAUGCUGGGGUAG